UCAAUGGCAGUUCCUCCGAGUUCCCAACCUCACGUAAUGGUGCUGCCCUUUCCGGCACAAGGCCACGUCAUGCCUCUCAUGGAGCUCUCCCACCGGCUCCUCGACCAUGGGGUCGAGGUUGACUUUGUGAAUACGGACAUCAACCACGACCGCGUCCUGAAGGCCAUGGCCGCGAAGACGGGAGCCGUCCCCGACGGCAUCCACAUGGUCUCGUUCCCGGACGGCAUGGGCCCCGACGGCGACCGCACCGACAUCCCCAUGCUGGCCAACGGCUUGCCGGCCGCCAUGCUCGGCCCCCUCGAGGAGAUGAUCAGAUCCAAGAAGAUCAAGUGGGUGAUCGCCGAUGUGUCCAUGAACUGGGUGCUGGAGCUGGCCGACACAGCGGGUGUCCACGUCGCCUUGUUCUCGACCUUCUCGGCCGCCGUCUUGGCGCUCCGGCUGCACGUUCCCAAGCUCAUCGAGGACGGCAUCCUCGACGAAUGUGGGACUGUGAUGAGGAACGAGACGAUCCAGCUGAGCCCCACGAUGCCACCCGUCCAGGCGACCGAGAACCCAUGGGCCAGACUGGGCAACUCGCCGGACAAAAUGAGGGUUUUCAUCAAGAACGUGCUCAAGUCCAACCCGGCGAUACGGCUGGCCACCACCGUCAUCUGCAACAGCUUCGAGGAGAUCGAGUCGGGGGCGCUAGAUCUUCUCCCGAACGCGCUGCCCGUCGGGCCCCUAGAAGCGCCGCCGGCGUCGAGUGCGUCGGCGGCUGGGCACUUCUGGCCCGAGGACGCGACCUGCCUCGCCUGGCUCGACGCGCAGACCAGUGGCUCGGUCAUCUAUGUCGCAUUCGGCAGCUUCACCGUGUUCGACGCGGCGCGUUUCGAGGAGCUCGCCGACGGGCUGGAGCUCACUGGCAGGCCCUUCCUGUGGGCUGUGCGGCCGAACUUCACCGACGGGGUGGUCGGGGAGGGCUGGCUCGACGCGUUCAAGCGCCGCGUCGAGAGGAAGGGGCUGGUCGUCGGCUGGGCGCCCCAGCAGCGCGUGCUCUCGCACCCGUCGAUCGCCUGCUUCCUCUCGCACUGCGGCUGGAACUCCACCAUGGAAGGGCUGCGGCACGGUGUGCCGUUCCUGUGCUGGCCCUACUUCGCCGACCAGUUCUGCAACCAGAGCUACGUCUGCAACGUGUGGGGCACCGGCGUCAAGCUCCUCGCUGACCAGCGAGGCGUCGUCACCAAGGAGGAGAUCAAUACUAAAGUAGCGCAGCUGCUGUGCGACGACAAGAUCAAGGCCAGCGUUGCCAUGUGGAAGGACGCUGCGUGCGCGAGCAUCGCGGAGGGAGGGUCCUCGCAUGUGAACCUGCUGAAGCUUGUCAACUUGCUAAGAGCACAAUAA